AGUUCAUGUUUAAACAGAACACGUUGUUUUGACAAGCAGGUAAACAGAUCGAUGGAGCGGUCAGUGGAGUCAUGGUGAAGCUCGCAUAAAUACUUCAGGGUCACUCUCAUACAGUACAUUACAAACAUUGAGAGAGAAGAAAGAGAGCUGCUUUAUACAAUCUUCCGCCAGGUGUCGACAUUUCGCCGCAACAACAACAAACUUGCAUCAAAAACAAACAAAAAUUGUUCCUUUUCAGUUCGUAGCUAUUUAGGUUUGUUCAGCAGUAUAGGUUAUUUUUAAAUACUGGUAAGUAUUUACCAAUUUAACGGAGAAAAUGCAGGCUCUUCGAAACUGUGCGUUGUGUUCAACGGAGGGACUACUAUGUAGUCGGACCGACUUCCUACAGCUUCGGAGCAACAUGGCGGUAUUUGCGCGAGGGUUCUCCUCUGUUGGUUUAUUAAGGAACACGGCAUGCAUACUAAGCAGCAGGAGAGCCAUGCGACGGAAGCUCCCCGCGUGGACACGAGCCGAUUGCAUUUCCCUAAGCGUCUCCGGGGGACUGUGCGCGCUCCCUUUCUAUAAGCAAGUGGAAGACCUCUCUCAUGAAGCCAUAAUACGCAGAGCAUCAUCUCUGGUAACAGACAGUGCCAACACCUACCUGUCGCAGACCACCCUGGCUCUUGUGGAUGCCCUCACACAGUAUACCCGAGCUCUGCACACGCUGAUCGCUCUGCAGAAAAGAUACCUGACGUCUCUUGGAAAGCUCACCGCAGACGAGGAGGAUGCUGUCUGGCAGGUGAUAAUCGGCCAGCGUGUGGAGGUGGGUGACAAGCUGGAGGAGUGCAAGCGAUAUGAGGCGAAUUGGGCGAAUGCCACCAGCCUGUGCGAGUUGGCUGCUCAGGCAGCACACAAUGCAGGGGCAAAUGAGGCAUCUGCAACAACCCAGAGUAACCUGCAGGUGGCGCAGUCACAAGUAGAGCAGGUUCGGCAGCUGUCACUGGUGGCGGAGCGGAAGCUGGCUGAGACUAAGGCUGAGGAGAUCCAGAGGGUUGCUGAGUUUGCGGCCAGUAUGGAGAAGAGCGGGGAGGAUAUGCCAGAAGCCUACCUUCGAGAGGACUGAUUGCAAUAAGCCAAUAAUCCCGACCCCCUCGCCCCAUACAGAAAAGUCAGCUUGUCCAGAGCAUUGGUGGGUACAUAGUAGUGUAAUGAUUGGGCCCACAUGUGAAUGAAAGAUCUACCACAUGGCUGUAGACAGUUUGCUUUUGCUUACCCAGAGUGGACUUUUCUGCAAAUCAGUGUUUUAUAUAAAAACAAAUCUUUGUUACUAUAAAUCUGUUUGGAAAGAUCCAUUAGCUGAUGCAGGCAGAAAUAUUGAAAACCAUGUAAGUUAGUGCUCAGCUAUAGAGCAGUAUGCCUGUAUAGGGGGCGAUGUGUGGCACAGCAGGGUAGGCCGCUGUGCCCGUGGUCGGUGGUUCAAAUCCCAGGGUCAGUGGAGUGAUGUCACUGUUGGGCCCCUGACCCCCAAUCACUCCAGGGACCAGCUUAUACUACUUCCUAAAUUGUAUGUCACUUUUGGAUUUGGAUCAGCUAAAUAAAUUUAAAAAUAUAUGAGAGUAAUAGACUAAAUAAUUUCUUACAACAGAACUUAAUGCUACAGUUAAUAUUACUCUGUUUAAUGCAAAGGAUGACCUGCAGUAUGCAGUAAUUGUAUUUUUGAUCAUUUUUGGAUGCUAGAUUGUAUUCGGCUGUGUGUGUCUGUGUGUGUGUGUGUGUGUGUGUGUGUGUGUGUCUUAGGUGCUUGUGGCCUGGAUCUGGCCUGGACUGUGUUAUAAUUAUUACAUUGUGAGGACCAAAUUUCCCCACAUUGUGAUAAAAACCUGUUAUUUUGACCUUGUGGGGUCACAAAGAUAACCUCAAUUUUAUAAAAAUCUUUGACUGCAGUCAAAAAAGUUUUGUAUUUUGUUUGUUUACUUAUUGAUAAGUUUAGGACUGAGUAAGCGUUAAUGUUAUCAUGGUUGGGAUUAUGGUUAUAACCACAGAAAUGAAUGGAGAGUCCCCAUAAGUGUAUGAAUAUGUGGACUCUGUGUGUCUCUGUACUGUAUGUGUGUGUGCACUGUGGACUCGCAUUCUGUCAAGGAUAUACCAUAGCCUGGCAUAGGCUCCACUCAUGCAAUCAGCUGAACAUGAAAUAAAGAUAUUUAUAUGGAUA